AUGUGUCGGAGAGCCCCGGACACUGCCUGCAAGCCGAUGAGUCUACCAGCACAAGACAAGGAAUGUGAUGCAAGGAGGCGGAAUUCGGUCCGUAGGAAAUGGUUCGCGCGAAUGAGGGAGACGAACAUUAAGCAAACAGAAGUCAUUGGACGCCAGUCAUCCGUCGUAGUCACGCUCAAACUGCUCCUUCGGGAGACGUCCGCUCGUUACACGGGCAUACGAGAAUAUACGAUGCUGUAA